AUGGCGGGCAUUAGCAAGAUGACAAACGGCGGCAAGGGGAAGAAGAAAGGCAUGGUGGUGGUGGUCAUGGGCGCCACGGCCACCGGCAAGUCCAAGCUGGCGGUCGACCUCGCGCUGCGGUUCGGCGGCGAGGUCGUGAACACCGACAAGGUCCAGGUGCACGACGGCCUCGACGUCGUUACCAACAAGGCCACCGCCCGCGAGCAGGCCGGCGUGCCACACCACCUCAUCGGCGGGGUGCACCCGGACGCCGACUACUCCGUCUCCGACUUCUGCCGCGACGUCACGCGCGCCGUCGAGUCUGUCGUCGCGAGGAGCCGCGUGCCGGUCCUGGCCGGAGGCUCCAACAGGUACCUCGAGGCGCUGCUGGACGGCGGCGGCGACCGGGCAUUCCGCGCGCGGUACGACCUCUGCUUCCUCUGGGUGGACGCCGACCUGACGGUGCUGGACCAGUACGUCCGCGAUCGCGUCGACUGCAUGGUGGAGCAGGGGCUCGUCGCCGAGGUGCGGGAGUUUUACAGUCCUGACGCGGACUACUCUCGCGGGAUCCGGAGAGCCAUCGGCGUGCCGGAAAUGGAUGGCUACUUUCGGCUGCAGGCUGCGGGGGCGCUCGACAGGGACGACGCGCUGCAAGCAAGUGUCCUCGCGGCUGCCGUCGACGAGAUCAAGGAGAACACGUGCGGGCUGGUGCGCCGCCAGCUUCGGAAGAUCCACCGUUUCCGUGGCCUCCCCGGCUGGAGCCUCCGCCGCCUCGACGUCACCAGAGUCCUUGCGCUCAAGGUCGGCGAGGUGGACGACGUCGAGGCGGAGCGCGCUGCGUGGGAGGCGGACGUCGUCGCCCCCGCCACAUGGGUCGUCAAAAUGUUUCUGGGAGGAAUGCUGCUCGAUGGAGGCAGGGACGGCAUGGCGGCAAAGGAGACAGUCAUCGUUGCCGGUGCCGGCGCGGUGGCCGAGUCGUGCGGCCUGCAGCUGGUAGAGGCGGCGCCGUCUCGUGGGUUCCAUGGGAGGAAAGCGGCCGCGGCAGUCUGA